CCUUUUCUUCCCCCCGGUUCGAAACACAGACACUAUCUUGCUUUUGCACACGUGAAUUUGCGCUCCUUUGUCCCAAAACUGUGGCGCCAGCCUUUUGCCGUCCCCGACUGCCGCUUCGGGAAGUCCGAAACAGCUCUGCAAAACCGGUGCUGAGUCAACGACGGCGACGACGAAGAAACCCAGCAGAUAGGCCGGAGGUGAAAAACUGGGUGUCUGGAUGUAUAACAACCAGGUCGACGAAGCUGGAAAUAUCCCACCUGUGGCUUUUCCCCCGGCUGUCUCCCAUCUCCACAGAAAGACUCCACGUAUCUGCCUACAUAAAUACACGCAGCGACACACACAAAAUGGCAACGAACAUCACCUGGCAUCACAACCUAACUCACGACGAGCGCAAAGAGCUCGUCAAGCAGAACGGAGCCACCCUAUGGUUCACCGGCUUGAGCGCAUCAGGCAAGAGCACAGUAGCGUGCGCUCUCGAGCAGAAGCUCUUGCAGGAGGGCAUCCAGAGCUACAGACUUGACGGUGACAACGUCCGUUUCGGCUUGAACAAGGACUUGGGAUUCAGCGAGAAGGACAGAAACGAAAACAUCAGACGGAUCUCGGAAGUGUCGAAGCUCUUUGCAGACUCGUGCGUGAUCUCGCUGACCUCCUUCAUCUCGCCAUACAGAGCAGACAGAGACGCGGCCAGAAAGCUACACGAGGAGGCCAACCUACCCUUCGUCGAGGUCUUUGUCGACGUGCCGCUCGCUGUCGCCGAGCAGAGAGACCCUAAGGGUCUCUACAAAAAGGCCCGUGAGGGCCUCAUCAAGAACUUCACAGGCAUCGACGACCCGUACGAGGCUCCAGAACACCCGGAGAUUCACCUCAACACCCACGAGCAGUCCGUCGAGGAGUGUGUCAGCACCAUCGUCGCCUACUUGAAGCAGAAGCAGAUCGUCGCAUGAGCGUCGUGUUCUCGACCUCGACUCAAACCUACUUCUAUAUUUAACACUGUACCUUGUAUAUCACAGACACACACAUUACUACCACUCCCUCUCUGCCCCCUUCCCCCCUCUCACGUCUAUCUAUUCUUCAACGCAACCCGUGCCAAAGCCUUCCUUCUCCUGCAGACACGACAAUUCUCCGCGCAGCGCCUGUCUCACCUCCUCUCCUCCGGGCCUCUCGCUGAUGGCGCUGUGCCGAGAACACACGUCUUUGCUCCGCCCACAGGUGCUGAGGAGCAGCUGUCACAGCAGAAGAGCCUGCCCAGCUGAGAAGACCAGACAGAAGCUCCGUGGACAGAGACAGACA